UUUCCGAUCUCCCCCCUCCCCCCCGUCCCUUGUGGCCUCGGGGCGUCUGUCUGUCUCGCUCGUCUCAUUUGUCAACUGAUCUUUGAACAUGGAGGGCGUGUGCGAUAGUGAUGCGCUUAUUAGUGCAAUUAAAACGCAAGAACUUAUUUGGAACUAUAAACUUAAGGAACACAGCGACAAAAUAAAGAAGAACAAUGCAUGGGCAAUUAUUUGCGCCCAAGUAAUUGAGAACUUUGAUGAAAAACCAGUUCAAGAAAAAAAUCAAGUCGCCAUGUUAAUACAGAAAAAAUGGAAAACAUUAAGAGAUGGGUACACCAGAUAUGCUAAAAAAAUUAAACCAAAGAGUGGUUCAGCAGCCCUCAACAUUCGGCCAUAUGCAUAUUAUCAGCAGAUGUCUUUUUUAAAGGCAAUAAUAGAAGAUAGACCCGACAAAACAAACAGUUUACAAGAAAGUGAGCACGCUGAAAUUACGUCCGAAAAAAGCGAAAAUCGUCAAAAUAAAAUAAAGAAAGAAACAAAGGAAAAUUAA